AUGGUCUGGGCGGACCCGGAGCCCUUGUCCAGGCGGAAGCUGGAAGCCCAUCCUCUCUCUGAUCUCCCGCACCCUGAGCCCACCGGCGCCCUCUUCCUCCCUGAGGCUCCCUCCGCCUCCCCGCAGCCCGCGCUGUGGCCCACCCUGGUCGCUCUGGCCCUGCUGAGCAGCAUCGCUGAGGCCUCCCUGGGCCCCGCGCCCCGCAGCCCGGCCACCCGCGAAGGCCCCGCGCCCACCCGGGCGCCCCCCGCCGGCCACCUGCCCGGGGGCCGCGCCGCCCGUCCGUGCGGCGGAAGAGCCCGGCGCCCGGCGCCCCAGCCUCCGCGACCCGCGCCCCCGCCGCCCGCGCCCUCUCCCGCCUCGCCCCGUGGGGGCCGCGCGGCGCGCGCGGGGGGCCGGGGGGGCCGCGCCGGCGCGGGGAGCCGCGCUCGGACCGCGGGGACGGGGGCGCGGGGCUGCAGCCUGCACGCUCAGCUGGUGCCGGUGAGCGCGCUCGGCCUGGGCCACCGCUCCGAGGAGCUGGUGCGCUUCCGCUUCUGCAGCGGCUCCUGCCGCCGCGCGCGCACCUCGCACGACCUCAGCCUGGCCCGCCUGCUGGACGCCGGGGUCCUGCCGCUGCCCCCCGGCGCCCGGCCGGUCAGCCAGCCCUGCUGCCGCCCCACGCGCUACGAGGCGGUCUCCUUCAUGGACGUCAACAGCACCUGGAGGACUGUGGACCGCCUCUCCGCCACCGCCUGCGGCUGCCUGGGCUGAGAGCGCUCCCCGAGGCCCUGCAGACUGGACCCUACCCGCGGUGCUGCCCGCCAGGAAUGCGCCUGGGGCCUCAGCCAGAGAUGGAGGCCCCGGCCGCCCGGUGAGUGACGGACACCAGCUCUGGAGAGAUGGAGGGAAGCACCAGCCGGCGGCCGCCCUGGCCCUCGCCCUGCGAGUCCCAGGCCUACAGACUCGCGCCCUCGGCGGUGGAGACCAUAGGAUGCACUUCUCCCAGGUUCUGGCACAGACCAGGUCGCGGACCCAGGCCUCCGAGACAACCCGGCAGCUCUGAAGUCUCAGCGUCAGCCCAGACCCUGGGGGGACAGAAUUUGGAGGAGACAUUGCAUUUACCCUGCCGAAGUGCCUUGUGCUGGAGCGCACCUUGUACUCCCUCCUGGAAGCUGGACCCCUAUUUAUUAUUUCUAAGUUAUUUAUUUACUUCUGUGGCUUGUCAGCUUCUUUCCUGAGCAGCGGGGGCUAGAAGGGUAGAAGAAGCUGCAGGGGGAUCCUGCCCUGACAAUGCCGCUCACAGCCUCAGGUGACUCAGCAGUCAAGGGCCUGUUCUGGAUCUCCAACUGCUUGACCCCAUCCAGCAGCUCAGGGGUGUGGAACACAGAUGGAGUGGGGGGCAAAGGUACACCCACCAGUCCUUGCAGACCAGGUCUCAGUCUCCUGUACAGUCACCAGCACUGGGGCCCUGGGUGACCAGUGGAGAAAGUCUACCUACCCUUGUGACUUCAGGCAUCCCUGGGGCCUGGCGUUGUUGGUAAAGGCAUGGAGAGCCACACAUUGCCCCAUCCCAAUGUCACUAAUCAGUGACCUGCUCUCCAGGACCCCCGACAGGUGCAUAUACUGCCUGUUCUGCCUGUACUGAAGGGUCCAGCAUGUGGACCUCGGCCCCCAUAUUCCACGAAGCCAUCCAGGCCAAGAGAACAUUUGAGAAGGCUGAGGAUGGGGAAGAUGGUGCAGUGGGAGGCUGACCUGGGGGAUGAAGCACAGAACAUCAUGGGAAUAAGAUGGCAGGAAUGGACUGAGGGUCCCCAGAGGGAUCUGCAUCUUUGGUGAUAAACAAAGAUACUCAUGUAUUCAUUCAACACACAUUUAUUAAGCAUCUAUUACAUGUCAGAGAUUGUGGAGACACCAGAGAUAGAGUGAAAGGGACACAACCCCUGCCCUUAAGCUUAAACCAUGAGAUACACAAUA